AUGACAACGCAGUGCCACUCCAAGACGAACGAGAUCCAUUUUAUCGCAUCCGCCAAGGCGCUGGUCGCAUCGUCACGAGUCGUGUCGUCGCCACUGACGCUGGCGCCAUGGCACGCAUCACCGACAGUUUCAGCGUUUCAGCUCACGCCCGUCAGUCUCUCGGCGUCCAUUGGCUCGGGUCAAAGCGCCUUUGGCUACUAUGUACAAUACGACAUGACGCUCCAGUGUCCGAUCACAUCCCGCGCCUGGACCAUCCACAAGCGCUACUCGCAGCUGCUCAAGUUCCGAUCGCAGUUGACGAAGCUUCACGCUGCGUCUCCGUCACCAUCACUUGCUUGCCUCUUGCAACUGCCCUUUCCCAAGAAGGCUCUCGACUCGGAGAAGCCGAGCGUCAUUGCCGAGCGCAUGCAGCGUUUCCAGACCUUUGUCGAGCAUAUUUGGAGCUUGUACGCGAGCUGCGUGGUGCCAACCAGCGGCGCGCCAGAGGAAGCCGUUGCCGUCGUCGUUUGUCUGCGCGAGUUUCUGAGUGUGCCCGAGGCCGUGCUGGCCAUCUCGGUGCGCCACAUCGACGAGAUGCCCCAAGACAUGGACCCGUGCGUGGUGUGCUUGGGUGAGUUCGACGUUGACGACUUGCGCUGUCCGUCGGUGGUGCUGGCGCUGUCGUGCGGCCACGUGUUUCAUCGCGAUUGUCUUCAGCAGUGGUGUGCGGUGGCGGCCACGUGUCCGACUUGUCGACGUGACGUAGGCCAUAUGGUGUGCCUUGAGUUAGCGUUGUAGAAGCUCCUAAAGAUUGCGACGCGCCGAAGUAAGAGCGAUCGAUUACUCAUUUUACUCUACCGACUACUCUUGAGCGCUACAUUUCUAAGAGCGAUAGAUG